CCUUGCUUCAGCUUCACGCCACGAACUCUCGUAGAUGAACCGAGGUGCACGGACUCAGGCUGGAAGUGACUGACCCUUGCGAACAGUCGGAAUCUGUUUAGCCCAGACAAGGUACAUUUCUAAUCCCGACAGGGAUCGCACGAUGCAUAUGGAGAAAUCGCACGCAGAACGAGUUUGCAUGCCGUUUGUGUGACACUGACCUACCUCUGCCUGAUUGGGGUCUUUGUCAUCAGCAACAGAGAGGCAGAUGGCCGUUCUAUUUUCAGUGACAUCAGCUGGAGACUCAAGAUUGUGCCGCGGCAAUGCUAUGGUGAAGCGUGCCAGCGAUGACGGAUGUGGAGGCCACUUACGAGGACUUCAUCGCUUCUCGACGAUCCGGCCGCAGGAACGCCAUCCACGAGAUCCCAGGAGACCCGGGAGCGCAGGAGGCCGCUGACCUGUCCCAGACUCUGGCACAGCUUAACAUCAACAAAUCUGGGGAUGAGGAAGUGGACGCAGAGAAAGGCCAGGGCGAUUCAGCAAAAGAAGAGGAGACUAAAGCUGAAGACUCCUAAGUUGAAAUGGAGGGGUCUAGAAUAAUCCCAGGAUUCUCCAGCUUUCAGCUCACCGUUUACAACCGAGAGAGAAACUCAAGAAAACCCUCUACUGCCAUCAUCCCAGCAGGACAAAGUUUUCUUGCUGCGUUUGGUGAUCUAGGAUCUAGGUCGACUGUGAGCGUAGCGUGAUGUCAGCAACUAAAAUCAAUGUGUUUUCACAAUUAGGUGUGGAGAAAGGAAGGCCACAGACACCAAAACGAAAAUGGUCCUCUAAAGAUUUUUUGAGGCAAAUUCUUAAGAGUUGCCACUAAGUCUAAGCAUGUUUACCUUCCCCUUGUUCUGCCUUUACUCAACCAGCACUCAUUUCUCUGAAACACUCCCAGGAAAAGGUGACCAGGGUCUGAAAAUACUCACUCCUCCACUUCGUCAUCUUCUCUUGCAAGUACUGCACACACGAACCCUCUCUUAAUGUCUCCUGUCAGCUGUUUCCUUGCGCUCAAUAAUUUUCUGCAUGAUUUUUUUUCCCCCUCUGGACCAUAGACCUAGUUUAGCUAAUUAGCUUUGUUGACUUUCUAUUUGUCCAUCUGCCUUAGGUAAACUUAGACACAGCUGAUUCAAAUGAUGAUUAGGUAACACACUGAUAACCCCUGGAAAGUAGAGUCUUAGGUCUAUUCUGCUUCUGAGGCAACGUGCAGAUUAGAUUAAAUAUUUGUUGUUUUUCAAAUAUUUCAACACCUUUUCUUCAAGAUCUGCACAUGAAGUUAUGGUUUUCUGCCAUGUGAAGGAUAUUGUAAUGCAGCUUACAUUUCAUCACUUAAAAAUGGAAUAUUUUUGCACUAAUAAGUAAUGAGCUGUUAAUAUUUUUAGUAUUAGUUUUGCAAUUACAUUUGGAAGAUGAAACGCUCUGGACUAAGAUUUUUCUUACCGUCAUGCCUUUCGCUGUCUGUGACAAACAAAUUUCACCCUGAAAUCCACAUUCUUCACAUUUCUGGUCUCCAUACAGUAACACACUGCCAUGCAUUAUAUUCUAAUCAUUUUUGUAUGUUGUCUUGUUUCAAAUUUAACGUGUGAUCUUGUGCAGCCCCAGGAGUAUAACGGAUAUUUGUUGUUGCUAGAAAUUGCACUACUGAUUGCACUCAGCUCUAACCAUGCGUGGAUUCUGAUUAAUUUAUUUAUUUACGUUUGAUGGGAUGACUCUUGGGCCUGUAUACUCUGCUCAUAAACCUUUUCAUAGUAAAAUAGCUUUAAUACUAUAAUGGUAUUUUUGCCUUGUAUAACUAAACCAAAACAUAUGAAGAUGCACUCUCAAAAAAUGUCUUUGUAAAAUUGAUGCUGUGAAAUUCUUUCAUUCAGUUGUAUUAUGGUAUCUGAUUUUUUUUUCCUCUUUAAAUUUGAGGUAUUAUUCAGAAUAUUUGUGGAUAAAAAAAAUGUUUGUACCGUAAAGCAACUCAGGUGUAAUUUGUUUUAAUGACCAAAACUGUUGCAAUGUUGGUGACUGAUGGCAGCCAUGUUGAUUUUUUUAUAUAUAACUGUCUUCAGGAACUCGGGCACACCACGGAAAAGGCAUUUCACGGUUUUGAAAUGUUUUCAGUUUACUUACAGCAGCUUUGACACUUUUAAGUUAUGUGUGAUAUAAUGACUAGAGGAGACGUUUGGGUGUGGAGAAAUAACAUGGUCACUGCUUCCCUCUGGUGGUCAGCUAGACCUAAUCUUCACUAAUAAAGAGCCAUAUGACACAAACUGUUUAGAGACUCUAUGAAUUAUGAGAUUAUGUUCACUUAUAGUUGGGUUGAAGCAUGACGAGUCAAAAAUAAAACACAUGCAACACA